AUGGAUGCACAGUUCCCUUUUGCUUCGCGUGAAGAUAUCUGGAGGCUCUUGGAUGAGAUCAGGGAGCUACGUAUGGGCCAAGACGACCAGGGUGAACGCCUGGCCCGGCUGGAGCGUCGCCGGGAGGAGGAUGCGAGAUUGAGAAACGUCUGGGGGCCUACUCCGCUGUCUCCAAUGCCGAUCCCAGCAGGAACCUCAUUCGCAACUGGUAAGUGUUCACGUAUUACUCUUUACGGCGAUAUUCGAGUUACUGACUUGGCUCCUCGGCAACAAGGACCGCCUGUCCAAUCCCCUCCUGACCCAUUCACAGGCUUCGACCAGAGUCAUCACGCUCAUCACGGUAUGGCAGGUUCGUCGGUCGGCCACGACGCCGAGGAGGAACCACGCCGAGGUGCAUCCCGCGCCAAUAGUGUACGCUUUGACGAAAGUGCGAUUCAUGGUUCUUACGGACACAUGGGUCGCUCGAGCACGGAUUUGCCCCUCCGCACUGGCAGUGGACUGGGAGGCAUUGCUUUAUCUGAGCCGUCUCUGUCACAUCGAUCUGAUGGACCGCAGAGCUCAUCUGGGCAGUCGCACCAUUCUGCACACUCUGCACACUCUGCACGCACCAACAGCCUGGGAUUGGACACCAGCCGUCUGUUGGACUCCAUCUCCUGCAGCAGCUCUCCGCUUGCCACCCCAUCUGCUGGUCUGUUUCUUCUUGGUCCCGUUCCUGGAAUUAUCCGAUGCUGGUUAACGACAAACUUCACGAACGAUGCGCUCCUGUACGCUGCGGUCUGCACGGGCUCGUACAUUUCCACUCUGGGCGCGCCGCUGAUCCGAAAGCUCGGCCUGGAGGGCGAAGUCACGCAGGAGGACGGCAAAUUUUUCAUCAAGCUUCCGUUCUACUUUCCAGAGGCUAGCAUCCACCAGGCCUCUACUCGCUCUGCCAGCCCUGACCCCCGGCUUCCUUUCUUGACGGUUCGAUUCCUAGUCCGUGAGAUUGAUCCUGCCGAUCAGUCCAUUCAGAUCGUCCUUGGUAGCGAUGUCCUCCGAUCCCACAACGCCGAUAUUCUGUUCUCGCAAGAUAAGGUUCUGAUGGUCGAUGAUGAGCGCAACCUUCUCUCUAUCCCAAUGGUCCGUCCUGAGAAAGAUUCCGCCUUCAAGCAUAUGUGGACUGUUUCGGAUCACGCGCACAUGGGCGACAAUGGCACCAAUGGCCAUGAGCCCAUGGGCGUUAUCAACAAAGCCAAUCCUCAGCAAUCCUCCUCGGCCCCGGCCUCUGCCCGUGCCUCGGUAGGUGAAGCCGGCAAGCCCGCCAUUCAACGACAAGCAGACGGCACCGUGGAGAUCGGAAAUACCAGCACUCCUGCAGCCGCCAGCAAAGCAUCCACGCCGAGCGCGAAGCCCGACCCUGCUGGAGCGUGGCCCUGGCGUCGUAACUCUCGCCCGGAAGUCAAGCCCAAGGAGCCCGAGAAACGCCCUAUGAAAGUCCUUCGCCCGGCUAAACUGUCCAACAGAACGAAUUCUUCGACCUUUGCGUCUACCAAUGCCACCGCGGACCCUCCGGAUGCCAUGCCGACUUCUCCUACUGAUUCCAAUCGGAACAACGGAUCGGGCAUCACCCGCGUCCCUUCUGACAGUAGCAACAAAACGCGGACCUCCAACCCAGUGGGCAGUGGUUCGGCCUUCCCAUGGCUGAACUCGGGCGCACCUGCGUCUGGCAACAAGGCUGGCCCCGCCAAGUGA